AUGGCUCAAAGCGACAACCUUGCUGUGCCCUCCGGCGACAAAUACGUCACCGUCUUUAACGAUCCCGUCAACUUCAACGCAAAACACCCUCUUAACAACUCAUGGACCCUCUGGUUCGAUAACCCCGGCAAAAAAUCAAACGCCAACAACUGGGAGCAGUCCCUCAAGGAACUCAUCACCUUUGACACCGUCGAGGACUUUUGGGGUGUUUACAACAACAUCAUGAAGACCUGCGACCUUUCGAUCAGCUCCAACUACCAUCUGUUCAAGCAUGGAAUCAAGCCCAUGUGGGAGGACCCCGCCAACAAGCACGGAGGAAAGUGGAGCAUUCAGCUUCCCCGCAAUAAGACCAUGAACGAUAUUGACAACAUUUGGCUCUAUACGAUGUUGGCCUGUAUCGGAGAGGCUUUCGAGUAUGAAAACGAAGUAUGUGGCGUUGUUGUGUCGGUUCGCAAGGGCUUUUUCAGGAUAGCAUUGUGGACCCGCACCGCAGACAACCAAGAUAUGGCCAUGAGCAUUGGUCGCACUCUCAAAAAGUCGAUCAAUGUUGACGGACAGUUCGAGUUCCAGCCUCACCACGAGACAAAGACCAGUGGCAAGCCCUGGACCGUGUAA